AUGCUUUUCCCAGCUGCUCAACGACUGAAGAGGUCCUCAUCCUCCUUUCUUAACCCAGUGCUACAAAACUCACUGGAAGACGUGGUCCUGCUUUAUGAGUUUCUUUUAGCUGAGCUUGACAUUGACAAAAGUCAGAGAAUCUCCAUCAAAGAUGAGGAGCUGGCUUCACUGAGGAAGGCUGCUGAGUUUGACACCAUCUGCAAUGAGGUUAUUCCCAAGAGCAUCACAGAGAUCCGCAGGCUGAGUAGCAGGCUGUCCACCUACCCAAGGGUCCUCAAGAAAGAAGACUUUGAAAGGACAGUGUUGACCAUGGUCUACACAGCCUACAGAGCCGCUCAAUCCCAAGGGCAUCAGAAGGAUACCUGGGCUGAAUCUUUUGUCAAUCUUUACAAGGCCCUGAAGCAUGACUUGAUGUUUUCAUACAGCAAAGAGGCAUCAUAGUGGAAGACUUAAUACACCGGCAACUC